ACAACUCUCACUGCGCGCGCCGCGAUCGGUCGUGGCCACUCGUUCGCCCACCUCCUUACUCAUUCCUACGUGUUGUCGUAUUGCGUCUCGUAUAUACUUCAGUGUUCCUACACGCACCGAUCUGUAUGCUUGUAACUGACGCGCUGUUUCUCACGACAAUAUAAAUUAUUAGAAUGUGAAUGCGAAGUUUCUGUUCGUCCGACGCGAAAACUAGUGAAAUGUUAUUGUUUGCACAUUGAUCAGCGCAAGUUAUCUUCGCCUUUGAACGGACUUCAUGUGGAACCGGUCAUAAUCUGUGUUAAGAUAUUUCCCCCUUCUCUCCCAGUUAUGAUUACAAGAUUGCUAUGGCUCAUACUACUGAUAGCUAUUAUCAAAAUUACGACGACAUCAGGUAGUCCUAUAUUUUUAAAACAAGGUAGAUCAAUAAAACCUGUGAUUAAAUGGAAACCACCGAGGGACAAUUGGAAUUGGACAACAACUGUUCGAGAUGAGGAGCCAUUCUUUACGCCGUCUAACUUUGUCCAUAAGCUGCCACCGUCAGCUAAUGAGACAGAACUUCUUGCACAUAUGUCAACGCUGAAGCGUAAUUAUUCACGCUUAUUAUGGGACAGUGACAAAAGCACUAAUUUACCGUUGUUCGUAGAAAAGGCUCUGAAACUUCUUAAUUUGAAACAAGUGUAUUAUGAAGUGGAGCACUCUGUCAUGUCCAAGGUUUCUUGUACCGCGUGUAAAGCUGGCGCGGGGCUGUUGCAACAUUACAUUCAGCUUGGCAAGAGCAAGGAGGAAAUCAAUAAGAUGAUCUUCCAGUUUUGUGUAUCUCUAAAUAUUCAAUCUGCUAGAGUUUGCGAAGGAAUAACAAGACUUUUUGGGAGCGAAGUUGUGUAUGUGUUGGAACGCAUAACGAUCGGUCCAAACGAAAUAUGCAGUUUCGUAAUAGGAGACGCAUGUGGUGACGUUUAUAAUCCAUAUCACGAAUGGGAAGUUGCAUUCCCGCCGGUGCCGAAACCUCCAGUGAGAGCCCUAGGUGUGCCUGUGAAUACAGAACAAACGUUCAAAGUCUUGCAAAUAUCUGAUACGCACUUCGAUCCAUAUUACGCUGAAGGUGCGAAUGCUGAAUGCAAUGAGCCGUUAUGCUGUCGUGUUUCAAGCGGGCCGGCACUGACUCCGAGUGGAGGUGCCGGUCGAUGGGGAGACUAUCGCAAAUGCGACACUCCGAAACGUACCAUUGACCACAUGUUGAAACAUAUCGCUGACACACACACCGACAUAGACUAUAUUCUUUGGACGGGCGACUUACCCCCUCAUGAUAUAUGGAAUCAGACAAAAGAAGAAAAUUUGAAAGUAUUGCAAGAGACUGUGGCGCAAAUGUCGGAUAUGUUUCCAGGAGUUCCCAUUUUCCCUGCCCUCGGUAACCACGAAGCAUCUCCAGUAAACAGUUUCCCACCACCAUAUAUAUCGUCACCAGACCUGAAUAUAGCGUGGUUGUACGAUGAGCUCGAUUCUCAGUGGCGGCGGUGGUUGCCAGCGGGCGUUUCACCGACAGUGAGACGUGGUGCCUUCUAUUCGGUCCUCGUGCGACCCGGAUUCCGAAUCAUCUCUCUCAACAUGAACUACUGCAAUAACAAGAACUGGUGGUUAUUAAUGAACAGUACGGAUCCUGCAACAGAACUACAAUGGCUUAUAUACGAACUACAGACGGCAGAGUUUAGUGGUGAAAAGGUGCAUAUUAUUGGUCACAUACCUCCCGGUCACUCUGAUUGUUUGAAGAUUUGGAGUAGAAACUAUUACGCUAUUAUCAAUCGAUACGAAUCUACUAUCACAGCCCAGUUCUUCGGACACACUCACUAUGAUGAAUUUGAAGUUUUCUACGAUCCCAAUGAUCUAGGAAGAGCAACGAGUAUUGCUUAUGUGGGACCUUCUGUAUCACCAUAUUAUGACUUAAAUCUUGGAUAUAGAAUAUAUUACGUUGACGGAGACCAUUCGGCAACUACUAGACAAGUGAUAGACCACGAAACGUGGAUUAUGAACCUGAAGGAGGCGAACCAGUUCGGAUACCCUAUCUGGUACAAGCUGUACUCAGCCCGUGCCGCUUAUAGGAUGCCAGCACUCCGGCCACAGGACUGGGAUCGUUUCAUAGACAACAUGACCUCCAACGACGAUGUAUUCAACCUCUAUCACAAACAUUACUGGAAAAAUAGCCCUCGUCGCGGCAUCUGCAACAGCGAGUGCCGCAAGCGUUUAGUCUGCGACGCUAGGUCGGGCCGAUCGCAUGACCGACGUGCGCUUUGCGGUCACAUAGAGGCGCGCAUCGACGGCGCCACCCCAGCGCCUCAGACGUGGCGCGCUUGGUUCUACAACGGCAUUUCAGUUUCACCUAGUCCUAGUGUACAGCAAGUAUAAACGGUGGUGGAUGUAACAAUUAGGGUACCGAUGCAGAUAUUUAAUAAGGAUGUCAAUGAUAAUGCAAUUGCCGCAAGUGGCGUAUCAGAUACCAAAGUUUGUGAUGGGUCUCGGCUGAAACGAACAUUGACGAGGAGAUGAGAAAGCAAUCUAACGUCACCACCAGACAAGCCAUCGCCGACAUUUUAAUAUUAUUUAUUAUAACCUGCUUUAAAAUCGAACAAAUACGUAUGAUUUAUUUACCAUACGAAAUCGGAUUGUUAACAAAUUCAAGACGUAGUCGAAAAACCUGUAACUUAUUGUUAAUGGUGGUCUAUUCUUGUAUCUCAAUUUAUUUAUUAUUUUUUAAGAUUUUUGUAAAUAUAACUGUAAAUUCGUAAUAAAAUAUUUU